AUGGAAUCCAUAGCGCGGAUCUCCAGCUUGCUCGAGAGCGCUCGAGAGCUCACCCUCGAUGCCGCCUCGGCGACGCGCAGCGCCCGUAGCACCGGCCGCCCUCUCGACCGUACUCAGAUCAAGAAGCUGCUGGACAGUCGAAAUGAGCGCGAGGCUCUGGACGGCCUGCGUCGCGUUCUCUCGAUGAUGUAUCGCGGCCAGAAGACGCUGCCUUUCUUUUCUUCGGUUGUCAAGAAUGUCGCCUCGCCGAAUAUCGAAAUCAAGAAGCUCGUUUACAUCUACCUCAUCCAUCAUGCCGAGCAGGAACCCGAUCUCGCCCUCUUAUCUAUCAACACCAUUCAGAAAUCCCUCUCCGACACGAACCCCCAAGUCCGCGCCCUCGCCCUCAAGACCAUGUCAGGCAUUCGCGUACCCGUAAUCAGUCAAAUUGUUUCCCUUGCAAUUAAAAAGGGCGUGGCAGAUAUGAGCCCUUUUGUACGCCGUGCCGCUGCUCUGUCCAUUCCCAAAUGCUAUCGCCUCGACCCCAUCCAGCUGCCACAGCUCCUCGACUACUUGACCACUUUAAUCGGCGACAAGCAGUACUUCGUCGCUGGUGCGGCAGUGUCGGCUUUCCUCGAGGUUUGCCCCGACCGGAUCGAUCUCAUCCAUCAGCAUUAUCGGGCAUUGGUCAAGAAGAUUGUAGACAUGGACGAAUGGAGCCAGCUGGCGACGCUGAGGCUGAUGACAUACUACGCGAGAAAGUGUUUCCCUAGGCGGAUGCGAAGUAUCAAGAGUCAGGAAAAGACGGCGGACUUGGGAGACUUUUACGGCGAGACCACGGAAGAGGGAGGAGACGAGCAGCAGGUCAUCGUUUUGGAUCCCGACCUGGCUCUACUACUCAACGGCAUUAAGCCUCUGCUUCAAAGUCGAAACUCGGCUGUUGUCAUAGCCGUUACGAGGUGCUACAUGGACAUUGGUACGCCAGACUACGUCAAGAUUUCCAUCGGCCCAUUGGUGGCGCUUCUCAGGGGCCCACAGGAUAUCCAGCAGGUGGCACUCUACAACAUUGUUUCAGUCUGCUUGACGAGACCGACCGACUUUGUCAGGUAUGCUAGUCACUUCCUGGUCAGAGCGACAGACCCAGCACAGGUGUGGGAGUUGAAGUUGGAGAUUCUGACGCUCAUCUUCCCCCACGCACCGCCUCAUGUCAAGAGCCUUAUCUUGAACGAGCUCGAACAUUUUUCAGGGUCUACGAACAAGGCACUGGUGCGGGAGGCUGUGCGCGCCAUCGGACGAUGUGCCCAGACGGACUCAUCCACAGCGCCUCGGUGUCUACGACUGUUGCUGGGACAAAUCACAAGUCUAGAUGGAACACUCGCAGCAGAGUCGCUGACGGUUAUUCGGCAUUUGAUCCAACAAGACCCUCAAGGGCACGUCGGCACGGUUAUGCGCCUGGCCAAGAAUCUCGAUUCGGCAACAGACCCCCAGGCGCGGGCGACUAUCAUCUGGCUGGUGGGCGAGUUUUCAGGUCUCGAGGGCGAGGACAACAUCGCGGCUGAUGUGCUGCGGAUCCUUCUCAAGGACUUUGCCAGCGAAUCGGAGGCUGCCAAGGGCCAGAUCCUUCUCCUCGCGGCCAAGGUCUACCUCCAUCACCUGAACCGGCUGAACGAGAACAAGAGCGAGGAAGAGACGGUCGUCCCAAGUCAAGAUGAUCAUCCCGUCGCCAAACUCUGGGACUACGCGCUACUACUGGUUCGCUAUGACACCUCAUACGACCUUCGUGAUCGGGCACGCAUGUACCGGGCCCUCCUAUCGGUACCGCAGCUGGCUACGUUGAUGCUGCUGGCACCGAAGCCGGCACCCCAAGCUCCCAGUCCGUCGGAGACACGAAAAGGGUUCAUGCUCGGCUCUUCAACACUGGUGCUGGCGGGUGGCAGUGGCAUUCACGGGCUCCGGGGUUACGAUCCUCUUCCCGAAUGGGUUGCCGAGGGCUCAGAGCCUGACCGACGACUGCGCGACACGGAGGCGGCACCGUCGGCCUACGGCGAGGAGAAGGUUGUGCCAGCAAGUCAAAUGCUUGACAGCGCUGUUAAGGCGGCACCAGCGAAGCCCAACGGUCUCGGUGGGGUUGUUGGAGGUGUGGGAGGAAAGACGCUGGACGACUGGCUGGCGGAAGGCGACGAAGAAGAGGAAGAAGAGUCCGAGAGCGAAGAAGAGGAAGAUGACGAGGAGGAGGAAGAAGAUUCGGAUGAUGAAGAGGAAGAGGAUGACGACGACGAGGAAGAAGAGAGCGAAAGUGACGACGACGGCGAAAGUGGACGGCUAGUCAAGUCAUGA